AACCUGUGGAGAGCGGUGGUCUGUCUUCUGUGUGGCUCCGUGUUUUCUCUUUGUUGUCAUUAAUAUCUGUGGCAUUUAUUGUUCAAGCAUAACAUAUAUUUCAGUGUUGUUUUCAGAUCAACGAAGAGACAGAAACACUUGGCAUUUAAACUGGCGCUGUUUUCUCAGGGUGGUGCUGCUGGUACCGGUUCCCAUCAUCUCUCUCCUCAUUAGACCUUCCCUCCUUUCGCUGGUAGAGAGGAAUUCAGCCUCUUCUGGAGCGCGAAAGAGCUCGUAAACUGUGGGGCUCUGAUGUGCUCCGGUGCACAGAGCAGGCACAGAUGCGCGGCUGCGGGAGAGGGACAGCAGCAGCUCACACGUGCGGACUGCUCCCUCCCGCGAGGAGCGUCACCAUGGAGUCCACUGCUACAGAAAUCGAAGACCUGGAAAACACCCCUUAUAAGUUUCUCAUAGGAGAACAGACUGAAAAAAUGUGGCAGCGCCUGAAAGGAAUACUAAGAUGCUUAGUGAAGCAGCUUGAAAAAGGUGAUGUCAAUGUCGUAGACUUAAAGAAGAAUAUUGAAUAUGCAGCAUCAGUGUUGGAAGCGGUUUAUAUCGACGAAACAAGAAGAUUGCUGGACACCGAAGAUGAGCUCAGUGACAUUCAGACUGACUCAGUCCCAUCAGAAGUCCGGGACUGGCUGGCUUCUACCUUUACACGGAAAAUGGGGAUGACAAAAAAGAAGCCAGAGGAGAAACCUAAAUUUCGAAGCAUUGUGCAUGCCGUCCAAGCUGGAAUUUUUGUGGAAAGGAUGUACAGGAAAAGCUAUCACAUGGUUGGUUUGGCAUAUCCAGCAGCUGUCAUAGUAACAUUAAAGGAUGUUGAUAAAUGGUCUUUUGAUGUAUUUGCCCUAAAUGAAGCAAGUGGAGAACACAGCCUGAAGUUUAUGAUUUAUGAACUGUUUACCAGAUAUGAUCUUAUGAACCGCUUCAAGAUUCCUGUUUCUUGCCUAAUAGCCUUUGCAGAAGCUUUAGAAGUUGGUUACAGCAAGUACAAGAAUCCGUAUCACAAUUUGAUUCAUGCAGCUGAUGUCACCCAAACUGUGCAUUACAUAAUGCUCCACACAGGUAUCAUGCACUGGCUCACUGAACUGGAAAUUUUAGCAAUGGUCUUUGCUGCUGCCAUUCAUGAUUAUGAGCAUACAGGGACCACAAACAACUUUCAUAUUCAGACAAGAUCAGAUGUUGCCAUUUUGUACAACGAUCGCUCUGUCCUUGAGAAUCAUCACGUGAGUGCGGCUUAUCGCCUUAUGCAAGAAGAAGAGAUGAAUAUCUUGAUAAAUUUAUCCAAAGAUGACUGGAGGGAUCUUCGGAACUUAGUGAUUGAAAUGGUAUUAUCUACAGAUAUGUCCGGACACUUUCAGCAGAUUAAAAAUAUAAGGAACAGUUUGCAGCAGCCUGAAGGGCUUGACAGAGCCAAGACCAUGUCUCUGAUCCUCCAUGCGGCAGACAUCAGCCACCCAGCCAAGUCCUGGAAGCUGCAUUACAGGUGGACCACGGCCCUCAUGGAGGAGUUUUUCCUACAGGGAGAUAAAGAAGCGGAACUGGGCCUUCCAUUUUCCCCACUCUGUGAUCGGAAGUCGACGAUGGUGGCCCAGUCACAAAUAGGUUUCAUUGAUUUCAUAGUAGAGCCAACAUUUUCUCUUCUGACAGACUCCACAGAGAAAAUUGUUAUUCCUCUUAUAGAGGAAGCCUCAAAAGCUGAGAGUCCUAACUAUGGAGCAAGCAGCUCAGCCACCCUUGUGGGGCUGCACAUCGCCGAUUCCGCGAGACGAUCGAAUAUGAGGGGCUGUGUGAGCGACGGCAGCUGCUCCCCGGACUACUCGCUGGCCGCCGUGGACCUGGAGAGCUUCAAGAACAACCUGAUGGGCAUCAUUCAGCAGAACAAGGAGCGCUGGAAGGAGCUGGCUGUGCAAGGUGAACCUGAUCUUCAUAAGAACUCAGAAGACUUAGCAAACACUGAAGAAAAACAUGUUGACACACAUCUGUAGGACUGAAACAUCUUAAAGGCUUCUGUCAUUUUACAAAGGAGAGGAUGAUGAAAACGUCUCUAACAAACAUCCUAAGUCCUCAGUUUUCCACAAAGCUAUACUCUACUUCAGCCUAGUGUUGGAUCAGGCAUUUUAAUGAACUCCUGUAGGAGGAAUAAGAAUAACACACAUUUUAACCUAGUAACUGGCCAAGUAAGUACCUUGAAGUUUCUAUGGGAGCUUUUGGCCAGUGCUUCUGCCAUUGUUUUUUCUUCACAAUUUGGCCUUCUUCCAUCAAGCUAGAGAAAUUUUUAAUACAAAAGUGGAUAGUUUUAAAUUUGCGACACUUGUAACCCUGCCACGUGCCUGUACAAUACACGUGCAGAAGAUGAAGCAUUUUAACUGUACUUUCUUGCAUUGUCUGAGAGAGUGCUCUAACUGCAAAUCUUUAAAGGUCUUGAAGGAUACAAAAAUGAAG